AGUUCCUCUUCCGCUCUUCUCUUCCUCCGUUCCUCCGACGCGAGAAGUUGCGUCUACGCUCUAUCUCUUCGUUCGUGUUUGUCGCGUCCCCCGACAUGCACCAAUUUCGUGCGUGAUUAUGCCCAGUUAUGACCGUGCUCGUGUGACAACGAUUCAGCAGUGUCUUCCGAGUGGUCCAUCGACGGAAUCGAAACGUACUCGCACGAUCGUGCCUUACUUCGGCGGCGGAGCCUCACUGAUUGCAGUUAGGCCUAACGCCCUCCGGUCCUGAUCGUCUCUGCGCUUAGCUUCUUUCGAAUGUGCCCGUUUGUAGGAGCGGUUUUUCGGCGAGUGUAAGACACCACGCGUUGCUGUGUACGACCAAGUGUGCGCUGCGCAUGUUCGACGCAACCGACAGCUCAAGAAUGACACUCCCUAGACGGGUUGUAUGAGUCGUCCGGCGGAGCUGUGAUUCGUUGAAAUCGAUUACACGGAAUCGCUCUUUUUUAUAUUUGAUUCAGCUCGGGAGCGAAAACUUUUCACUCAGUGUGCAGUGUGCGUGAGUGAACCUUUCGACCGGUGUCGUCCACGACCGAGAAAAAUGGCUGGAAAUUUCGACCCGUACGAUAAAAACAGCUGGUUCUUCGGGCCAAUGUCGCGGCAAGAGGCGACAGACAUGCUCAUGGCUGAGCAUGAAGCGGGAAUCUUCCUGGUUCGCAACAGUGCCACCAUUUCCGGCGAUCUUGUGCUUUGCGUCAGGGAGGAGAACAAGGUGAGCCACUACAUCAUCAACCGGGUGAGCCAGGACGAACAGACGCGCUUCCGCAUCGGGGACCAGAUGUUCCCGGACAUCCCGUCCCUGCUCAACUUCUACAAGCUCCACUACCUCGACACGACGCCCCUCGUCAAGCCGGCUGCUAAGAAAGUUGAAAAAGUGAAAGCCAAGUAUGACUUUGAAGGCAGCGGCGACCCGGACGACCUGCCGUUCCGGAAAGGAGAGGUGCUGACGGUGAUCUCCAAAGACGAGGAGCAGUGGUGGACGGCACGCAACAGCCUCGGCCAGACGGGCUCGAUCCCCGUGCCCUAUGUGGAAAGGUUGGAGGAUUGCCAGGCGCUCAACGACGGCCAGGGCUGGAACCGGCCGUCCUCGACCCCGCAGCUGGCGGCGGCGCCCCCCGCCCAGAACCCCAGGUCAACCCCCGGCGGGGACCCCAUCAAGUACAACACCCCUUCCAACGUCCAGAGGAAGCUGCCGGCACGGGCACGAGUGAAGCAGGCGCGCGUUCCCAAUGCCUACGACAAGACGGCCCUCAAGUUGGAGGUCGGAGACAUCAUCACGGUCACCAAGACCAACAUCAACGGCCAGUGGGAAGGGGAGCUGAAGGGCCGCGUAGGACAUUUCCCUUUCACCCACGUCGAAUUCAUCGACUCCGAGAACCCGGACGACGACGAGUCUUAGGAACCUUCUCCAUCCGCACCGCCGCCGCAGCCCCCGGAAGCCCUGUCGUACACGGGUCGUCCCGCGAAACGAUGCCGCGACAUCCUCCGCGACCCCGAGAGUACGGACGGACGGGGCGGUCGUCCGACCAAACGGUCCACUAUGGGCGCUCGUUCCGGCCAAGAGACGAGACGCCCAAUCCCCCCAACAAGCAGCAGCCACCACCGCGUGCUUUCUUGUCGUGUGCACGCAAUCCCCCGUACCCCGUGAAAGUGUGCGCUCAAACCAAAGGACUCGGCUUUGACUGUGCGUGUGUAUGUGUGUGCGUGUAAGCUUGCACGUAGAGGAGAGGCGCAUUUUUUUCGUCGUCCGUGUUCCGAGGUCCCCCUGGCGCCCUGCGAAGCCGGAGUCUCGCCGCUCGUACGUCGUGCAAAAGACACGGCGUUUGUUGCAGACGCGACGACAGACUCGUUCGAAGUAUGUUUGCUUCGUACAUAUGUAUGCUUCGAAUGUGUCUGAAGACAGUUUUUGGACGACCAAUGUGACGGGAGCAUCGUAGGUGAAAGAAACGCGCCUCAGUCGGCGUCUGCGGACCGCUUUUUGCACCACGUAUUAGCGGUGUGAUCCGCAGCUUAAAGAGUGCACGUCGCGGGAAGCGGGUCGAAGUACGGGUCGGCGGGAGUCGUCCCCCCAAAUCGCUUUUCGAUUUGCUCGGAGGGAAGUCUCGAGAAGAGUCGCGAGGUGCAUAUCAAAGUCUGACUGCAGCCAGACUCGCGGAGGGGGCGGUUGAGUUCCUUUGACGGAGAGGCAGUCGGGUGCUACUUUUUACACGGGCCAUUGUGUAUAGAAUGUGUUGUUUUUUUGUAAUAUAUGUGCGUCACAUUAUUUAAGAAGCCGCUCCCCUUUCUAGAGGUGCCAUUUGUUUGGAAGCUCUUUGCCAAUCGUUUUUCUUUUUUAUUUGGCCGUUUCAUCUCCCGUGGCCAUACGGAGCUUGCGUUGUUACAGCUGCCUUGUGCGCUUGGUGUGUCGUCUCAUCCGCUGCGUUGCCUCCUUUUAUUUUCGACUGUCGGGACGAAACGAAAAGUUAUUUCUUAGCCUCUCGGGAAGUAUCUCAUGAAUCUAGGUGAGCAAUAAACUUUUAUCUGAGACGCGAAUGCAGUCAAAGGGGUUGCCAUAUGUUCGGAUAUAAAGUGACACCAUUGCAGACGUUCAUGCUGUGGAAAGCGCGAAAAUCUGAGGAGUGAUGGUGAUUGACUAGGACUGACUCUGGGGCUCAUUGGACGCACAUUGAUGCCCGGAGCCACUGUCUCGCGAAUGUUUUGUACCGAGUCGGCGAAUGUACAUUUUGUAGUGCUAUGCAUGGUUUCCAUUUUUUUUUUUUCUUUUUUUUUUUCCCUUUUUUUUGUUGUGCAAAUUAGGAUUGCCAAUGCUUGUGCAUCAUACUGCUGCAGAACUGGGAGUUGAAAAACUUCUGUCACUUCACCUGAAAGAGGCCCCCUUUUUUAUACAUCUUUUUCAAUAAAGGAUGUGUAAUUUAAA